AGGCCUCUUGUGUGAGGUGUGUGCUGGGCGACUUCACGGCACUGGACGCCGAGCCGAGCCGAGCUUGCCUGGAGGCAACUGGCUAUGCAGGAAGCGUAUCAGCGCGCCUCCGGCAGCUUUGGUGGCUACACAGAGCACAGCAAGACCCUGGUGGCGGGGCAAACAGGACUGGAGAUGUACCAGGCGGUUGCUGCCUGCUUGGCGCGGGACCUGGCCGCCUGCCAGGCGCGCUUGCUGGCGCCACCUGGACCGCUGCUGCGCUUGGGAGGUUCCCUGAUCUUCCAAGUGGAAGCUGGUAGCCAUGGCAGGUUGGGCGGGAUGGCCACGAAAGUGGCCGCAGCAGUGCAGAAUGCCUCAGAGGGCAAAUUGGCCUUCCAGCGGGUCAUUGAGGAUGAGAAGAAAAUGGAAGGGGUCUCAGCAUCCGGGGUUUUUCAUUGCCAGGGAAGAGAAGGAGCGGGGCAUCCUCUUGAAAUGGGCCUUUGCGGAUUGAACGGGCUAACGGGCAGAACCAGCACUCACUCGGCGCUCUUGAGACCCUACAGGUCCCAGAGGAUCUGACACGGAGGAGGUGACAGGGCCAGCCAAACACCGGAGGAGCACGGCACAGCUUGAUGUGGUGCAUCCUCUCAGUGCGGAUUGGAAAAGGACAUGCCGCUGUUUGCACGGAGCUCCAGUCCAGGAUGCUCUCGGCC